AUUCAAAAUGAAUGAGAGGGCAGGCAAUUAGAUUGUUAAUCAAACAACGUCAGUGCAAUAGAAGGCAGGCAAACGAGUCCGAAAAGGAUUGCCGUCGUCCUGCGCGGGGAAACAUGUAAGAGCAGAGAGGAUGUGCAAAAAAUCAAUUUAAGAUGUAAGAUAAAACCAAAGUGGAUAUAAAUCAACUCAACCAAAGAAGAAAGUCCCAAAAGAGUUCCUCCAACUCUAUUCGAAAACCCAAACCCGCACAGAAUCCCAAACUAAAGCCAAAUGACUGCCAAUAGUCUGCUUGGACGAUCCAUACUCAAUGAAGGACGUUCGAAUAAGCGAUCUUUUGUCUCACUGAUUGUGGGCCUCAUAGUGGGCUUCUGCCUGGCCGAGCUCUUUGUGUACUCCACGCCGGAACGUGCCGAGUUUAUGCCCUAUGAUGGCCACCGGCAUGGCGAUGUCAAUGAUGCCCAUCACAGCCAUGAUAUGAUGGAGCUGACGGGGCCAGAGCAGGAUGUGGGAACCCAUGAGCAUGCUCAUGAGAAUGCCUCGAUUGCGGAGAAGCUGUAUAGCGAGGUGCGGGUACUGUGCUGGAUCAUGACCAAUCCGACAAACCACCAGAAGAAGGCGCGCCACGUGAAGCGCACGUGGGGGAAACGCUGCAACAAGCUGAUCUUCAUGAGCUCCGCCAAGGAUGAAGAACUAGAUGCUGUGGCUCUGCCCAUAGGCGAGGGACGGAAUAAUCUGUGGGGCAAGACGAAGGAGGCAUACAAGUACAUAUACGAGCACCACAUCAACGAUGCGGAUUGGUUCCUGAAGGCCGACGACGACACCUACACGAUAGUGGAGAAUUUGCGCUAUAUGCUGUAUCCGUAUAACCCCGAGACCCCUGUCUACUUUGGCUGCAAGUUUAAGCCGUACGUAAAGCAGGGUUACAUGUCCGGUGGUGCUGGGUAUGUCCUCAGUCGCGAGGCAGUGCGUCGCUUCAUUGAGGAGGCCCUGCCCAAUCCGAAAAUGUGCAAGCAGGAGAACACCGGUGCCGAGGAUGUGGAGAUGGGCAAGUGCCUGGAGAAUGUCAAGGUGCUGGCCGGAGACUCCCGCGAUGCCAAUGGACGGGGACGAUUUUUUCCUUUUGUGCCAGAACACCAUUUAAUACCAGCGCAUACGGAGAAGAAGUUCUGGUACUGGCAGUACAUCUUCUACAAGACCGAUGAGGGCUUGGAUUGCUGUUCGGACAAUGCCAUAUCCUUUCACUAUGUCUCGCCAAAUCAAAUGUAUGUCCUGGACUAUCUGAUUUACCAUUUGCGACCCUAUGGCAUCAUCAAUGCUCCCGAUGCCCUGCCCACAAAGUUGGGUGUGGGAGAGCUAAUGCCAGCUCCGAAAGAGCCGGUGACUGAAGCGUCCAGCGAAAAGGUGUCCAAACGUUCCGUAGAAACUGAAACCAAGACGGAAUAAAUGAGAGGAUGGCCCGCCCCCUGGAUGUAUAUAGAUAACUAUUGUAUAUAACUCUAAGCUAUGCUAGCAUUGCCAUUACCAUAUCCAUUUCCAUUUAGACUACAAGUAGAUUCCGUGUUGUGUCUGUCGUACCCCUCUUGCCUUAGUUAAAUUUCCCUUUGCGUUUCCAUUUGUACAAAUUACCAAAAUUAACUAUAAAUUAGCAUUAAUUUAGAGCCUGUUACUAUAGUUUCUAACUAAGUAUAGUUCGUAUAUUUAGGCGUAUGUAUAUUUGGGAAGUUAUUUCCCUUUUCAUUUAGUUAGAAUUCUUAAAAUUUUGAUAAGAUAUCGCGCAGUUUGCCUAAAUAAUUUUGCGAUAUGAUGGUAUCUCUUUUUUGUUUUCUUUAAGUCCCAAAAAAAACCGACUAUUUAGCUCUAUAUAUAUAACGAAAUAUUACGAUUUCUUUAUUGUGAUUGAGAGGCAUUACGUAUUAGCAUUUACAGUUGAUAAAUUAAAUUAUUUAAUAAAAUGGUAUUGUAUUAACAGAAUAAAACAUAAUUGUUUAUAUUUGGAAAA